AUGCUUCGACAGUUGAUUAUACUCGGAACUCUUGUCCUCGCAGUAGGACUUGACGUUUGUUUUGGAGAACCUAUCAAUCGGCAACAUCGAAGUUUCGUUAUUAACGACAAUGCAGUGACUAUCGAUUGCGCAGGAAGUCGUGCUGACUCUCCAGAGUGUCAUUCUGUCUCAUUAAAACAGAAUAAAACGGCAUCUGCUACUGUGAAGAAGUAUGGAGAUGUUGAAGAAGAAGAGAAAUCGUGGAGUAUUGCAGAUUGGUUUGAAGAUCGUGCAGUUGAUGAAGCUCGAGGAAAGAAAGGUGGUAAAAAAGGAAAGGGUUAUGUCAUACUGCUAGCUGGAGCUAUGAAAGCUAUGCUAUUGUAUGCGAUGAUCCAUGCAGUAGCUUUGCUUGCUGGAAAGGCACUUGUCGUUGCUAAAGUAGCUUUAGCAAUCGCUGGAACACUAGCACUCAAAAAAGCUUUAGAACAUUCGGAUAAAACUUCGUUUGAAAUUGUCAAACAUCCUCAACAUAGUUUUGUCCAGACACAUAGUUCAAGUGUUGAUUAUGAUCAUGGUGGUGGUUAUGAGGGGCAUCGAAGAAAACGAUUCACACGAUGA